AUAAUGACUCAUAAUAAACAAAAAAUUAAUUAGUAAUUUACCUUAGCUAGGCAUUUGCUUUGCAUCUUCUCCUCUCUGAGGUUCUCUUGUACUCAUAAAGACGUUUAAGACUAAGAAGAAUGUCAGGCGUUCAUCCACAACAAGCCAAGAAUGUCCCGAUGAUGGUACAACCAGUUCCUGUUCAAAUGGUUCCCUCGAUGGCUCCAUACCAGCCUGGUAUGAUGCAGUACGCUAUGGCUCCUCCUGUUGUUCACUUACAGUCUGAAUUUGUUCCUAACGAUUACUUCAUUCCUACACUAGUUAUUGCUAUUGUCUGUCCUAUUAUGAGCUUCUCUACAAUCUUCUUCACUGUUGCUGCCAUAAUCUGUUCAAUACUGUCUUGGAUGCAUAGAGCAAAAGGUGUACAGUAUUAUUUACAGGCUAAGAGGUUUGGUCAAGCUGCUCUAUUAUUGGACAUCAUUGCUCUGCUCUGGUUAUUUGCUUGGGGUUUCUUUGUAUUGUCAUAUUUAAGUUACAUUGCAUACAUAUCCCCCUUCUUUUCCUAAUCUAAAUUAUGUGUUAUUCUGCUGUAUUAUGUUUAUCAUCCUUAUUUGUCAUAGUUUAUUUAUAAUAAAACAA